AUGACUGGCGAGUACACCUGUGGUCGCUGCCUGCAGGUACUCCGUCGACGGGCUGCGGUGCGCUUGCCACAGUAUGUCUUGCCUCGAAGAGGAUAUAGCCUGCUCAAUCCUGCCUCUGUGCGAAGCCUGAGCGGUCCCAGCAAUGGCUCUCUUCGUCCGCAUGACCUGCCCCAAGCUCCGUCCAAACGAGCAAUCUUGACACCGUCUAUUGGGACGCGGAGACUUGGACCGGUUGUGCACAAGGCGCUGUCCUCCACGUCAAAUACCUCUCCGGAUCCUCGCGUCUUAUUGAAACCGAACAACCUCUUCCAUUCGUUCUCAAAAUCGCCAGUAGCGGCCAUCAGACAGCGUGCUGCUUCUAUUAAGCAGAAUGCCUUCUGUCCACAUCCAAGCCACCAACAGACUCGGCUGCCUGUCUCACCUCACGACUCAGAGACGCGCAAAACCCAGCAGACCUCAUGUCUGCCGCCCGCGCACUCUCACUUUGAAUGUCCAGACUGUGGGGUGCCGAUUUAUUGCUCGGAGGGGCACUGGAUGGACGAUUUUGAAGCACACUUGGAGGUCUGUGAGACUAUUCAGCAGAUCAACGAGGAUGACCAUGAUCUGCAUUCUGGACGCUUUUUUCCCGAGUUUACCUACCCAGGUCUUCAAGAUGACAAUUUCGUUAUAAACAUGACGAACUGGGACACCUUCCUUUAUACUCGAGAGUUUGAGGCGAUCAACGAUGACCGGAGCAUGCGCCAAGUGACUCGGAUGCUUACCUAUCCACUUACACUUGCGAGUGUCCUGCAUGAGCUGAGUCCUUACAAUGUACGUAAAGGGGGCAGGCUUACGGUGGAAGGGCUCAAAAGCGUUAGUGCGCUGCGAUACACCUUACAUCCUCCCAAGACCGGAGAGGGAGUGGAUAUUCGGGGACUACGUCUCAAAGCACCACCAGUCCGCAUUUUCAUUCUUGGUGCACGGGCUGAGUCUUCUUUGCCACGAGACGUUUGGUUGCAGCUCAGCUAUAUUUUUCCGCGCUCUCUGAUCCAUCUGAUUUUUAUCGGACCAGAAAGCAUGACAAAUCGAGACGCGGAAUUUCCGCUGCCAGAGCGAACUCCUGGAAACCCAUUUGGUGGGGUCGUUGAGGAUCGACUUGGCGGUCAAUUUAAAAUCACAACUUACGUCGACUACUUCCACACAAUGUACAAAGCCAAUUAUUUUCAACCUUUCGAUCCAUACCUGGACUGCAUCAUGUUGUUCCACCCCGGUCUUGGUCACCCGGCGAGCUCCCAUGAGUGGGAAGAAACGCUCCCGCAGCUACUAGAGACUAAGGUGCCCAUCAUCAGUACGGGCUACACGCAGUGGGAUAUGGAACGAGAUAUCAAUUGGGUGAAUGAAAAAUGUGCCGGUGAAUUUGACAUCCUACUUGAACCAGGGGAAAAUAUCUUCCGCAGCCUACGCUGGGAUCUCAAUGACCUGGACCCUCAUGAUGUUUCAUGUGGCAACUGGGGUGUCUGGGCAUUCAGAGGAAAGAGGUACGUAGUCCAGUUCGCAGACCUACCUGUUCAGUUCCUGCCGUCUUUCUGUGCUGACUGGAUCUUGACAAACAGAUACGAGGCAACGUUCCGUAACAAUUAG